GAAGGGGAUGCAGAACCAUAUCCAAAAGAAAUUCAAUCUUGAUGUAAGCAUUCAAAAAAUUGCAAGAGGGAGAGCAAAGGCCAAAAGGAUGAAUGAUGAGCAUUACAUACAGCAGUACAAUAUGUUGGCAAGUUACAAGAAGGAGUUGCUGAGGAGCAACCCAGGGUCUACAGUUCAGAUCAAGACAGAGAUGGUAGGUGAGGUGAGGAGGUUUCAUAGGCUCUAUAUCUGCCUGGCAGCUUGCAAGAAAGGGUGGAUUGAGGGUUGUAGACCUUUGAUUGGAUUAGAUGGCUGCCAUAUUAAAGGUCAACACUCUGGUCAACUACUUAGUGUUGUUGGUGUUGAUGGGAAUAAUGGUAUGUUCCCCAUUGCUUGGGCAAUUACUGAAGUUGAAAACAGAGACACUUGGAGAUGGUUUUUUUAGUACUUGGCUUGGGAUCUGAAGAUGGAAAGGCCUUCAUCUUACACAUUUAUCACAGACAAGCAAAAAGGUUUGGGGAUGGCCAUAACUGAAUUAUUUCCUGGGGCAGAACAUAGACACUGUGUCCGACACCUAUACAACAACUUUAAGGCCAAGCAUCCGGGUGAAGGGCUGAAGAAACUAGUGUGGGAUGCAGCUAGAUCAAGCACCAGGGUUUGGUUCAAUAAACACAUGGAUGAGAUGAAAGGGUUGCAUGAUGAGGCAUGGACUUGGUUUCAGGACAAGUCUCCAGAACAAUGGAGUAUGGCUUAUUUUAGGGAUGAUUCAAGGUGUGACCUUUUGUUGCACAAUCUUUGUGAGUCAUUCAAUACAGCAAUCCUCCCAGCUAGGGACAAGCCUAUUAUAACAAUGUUGGAGAAGAUAAGGAUGGAUAUGAUGGUAAGGAUGGCAAACAGAAGAGUGGCAGAUCAAAGAUGGACUGAUAUGGUUGGUCCAAGGAUUAGGAAGAUAUUAGAGAAGGUGGCAGAAAGGAGCAGCUGUUAUAGAGCUUAUCACUCUGGUGAAUUUGAGUUCCAAAUAACUGGAGGGGGAGAUAAUGGCAGCAAGCAUACAGUGGACCUAAGGCUUCACAGUUGCACAUGUAGGAGGUGGCAGAUAAGUGGAAUACCAUGUGUCCAUGCCAUUUGUGCCAUCAGAAGCAAAAAGGCAGACCCUGCUCUUUUUUGUGAUGAUUACUUGAUGCCAAGUACUUAUAUGGAAUCCUAUAAUCCCAUUAUUCAUCAUAUUGUUGGUGAGGAUGAUUGGGACCAAGUGGACUACCUUAUAGCACCUCCCCCAUAUAAGAAGCAAGCCGGCAGACCAAAAAUGAAGAGAACCAAGGAGCCCGAUGAGAAGAAACAGCUUCUACCAGCCCCAAUUGAUAAAUCAAAGAUGACAAGAACCUACACAAAGAUGACAUGCCAAGUCUGCUUCAAAAAAGGCCAUAACAGGUUGGGUUGCCCAAUCACAAAGGCCAAAAAAGCAGCAGCUGCACAACAAGGAGGGGAAGGGAGUUCCAUUGCACCCCAGCAAACUAAGAAGAGACAAAGGCAGCAGGCACCAAAAGUUCAAGGUUCAAAUGGCAAUGGCACCUUGAAGGAACAAAUCAUCAAGUCUAGGAAGGCUUGGAAGAAGAUGAAGACCAUGGAGGGAAACCAAGCUGCCAAUACAAGGGCUUCUAGUUCACAAACCAUCCAUGAACCUCCAACUCAAACCAGCCAAAACCCUGCAGCAAGAAAGGCACAGCAGAAAAGCCAACCUGAAUCGGAAUAUGCAGCAUUUUGAGGCAAGUUGUGAAGAUGCCCCCAAGUUUUUGUUACAUGUUUGUAGGCCUAUGAUGUAUUGAACAUUGACAUUGUUUUGGAAUGAUUGUAGGCCUUAUGAGAAAGGGUUGUUAAAUUGCUCUCUUUUAUGAAAAUUUUGGAUUGUUUGUUGAACAAAGUAUGUUGG